ACCAAAAACCAAAAAAAAAAAAGGAAAGUUCGAGGCUUCCGGUAUUCGCGUCGUCGUUUUAUUAAUUCUCUCGAAAUUGGGAUGGCGUUUCUCUGCAACUCUACCUCCUAUGGAAUCUAAUACACCGUCUCACCACCAGCUAAUAGUCCUCCCCAAACCAUGGGAUCGGGAAGGUGCUGCUUCUGGGCCUACACCUUUUAAACCCCCAUCAGCUGGCAAUACAAGUGAUGUAGUUGAGUCUUCAGGAACUGCAAAUCCUGGGGAAAUUGUUUCAACUUCCGAUAGGACUGCCACUGUUAAUAGAAAUGCUCUUGGUAGACCUCUUCCAUCUAGGCCUUGGGAACAAAGCUAUGGGAGUAACAGCUACGGAGGUUAUGGGUCUGCUUUGAACUAUAAUUCUGGCUUAGGUUCUGGAAUGUAUGGUUCAUACGGUGGUCUUGGAGGAGGAAUGUAUGGUAACAGCAUGUACAGGGGAGGUUAUGGUGGUCUUAAUGGAUCUGGGAUGUAUGGGGGCGGAAUGUAUAAUGGUGGUUUUGGAGGUCCGAUGGGUGGUUAUGGAGUGGGCAUGGGUGGUCCUUAUGGUGUUCAAGAUCCAAACAAUCCACAUGGUGGUCCUUCAUCCCCUCCUGGGUUUUGGAUCUCACUUCUUCGAGUGAUGCAAGGUGUGGUAAAUGUUUUCGGCCGGAUCUCAAUCCUUAUUUAUGAAAAUACGGAGGCCUUCAACAUGUUCAUGACAGCACUUCUUCAGCUUUUUGAUCGCACAGGCUCAUUAUACGGAGAACUAGCUAGAUUUGUACUGAGAAUACUGGGAAUCAAACGAAAGCAAAGAAAGGUUUGCCCACCAGGUCCUAAUGGACUCCCUCUCCCUGGACCUAAUGACAUGCAUGCAAAUCCAAGCUUCAUCAAGGGACCAAAGGCUGCCCCAGGUGAAUCUUGGGACAGUGUUUGGGGAAAGGAUCCUAGUAAAUGAAUCGACCAUACUUGUUUAGCACGAUGAAUCAACCCUAUAAGAGUAAUUGAGUAAUCAGCUCAGUGAAAGAAACAUAGUUACACUGCCAACAUGUUCUGAACAUGACAUGAUUAUGUAUCUAAUGUAAUGUCUAGCGUAUAGAUCGCUUCAGUGCAUAUCUAGCCUGAAAGUUAAACCUUUUUUGUAUUCAUUAAUCCGUUUUCCCCGUGGAUAUAUAUGAGAUCAUAUGGUAUAAGCUUUGAUAUGAUAAA